AUGCUUAGGACCGCUAGCCAACCAAUAGUGCGCACAUCCGCGGCGCGAGGUGCGGCUCUCAUUGCGGGGGGUCGUACAGCCUCCGUUCAAGUUGUAAGGCGUAGAGUCCAUCCACCCACAAGAGGCAUACAAUCAGUUGCUCAAACGGAUAGGGAUACCAUCACCCGUCUCCUUUAUUCCAUUGGUACCAAACGCGAAGUGGAACGUUAUUUGAGGAUAUUUUCAUCCUCUUCAGACGUAUCACAGCCUGCGAAAUUCGCUGUCAUCAAGAUUGGCGGUGCUGUCCUCGACCAAGUUGACGAACUCGCGCUCAGUCUCAGUUUCCUCUACCGCGUGGGACUAUAUCCUGUCGUCCUACACGGCGCCGGCCCUCAACUCAACAGCAUCAUUGAAAGCGCAGGGGUGGUCCCUGAUUAUCACGACGGAAUUCGGGUCACAGAUGCUAAAACCUUGAACAUCGCACGUCGAGUGUUCUUAGAGGAAAAUCUAAAACUCGUCGGUGCGCUGGAGAAGCUGGGCACGCGCGCACGUCCCAUAACGUCGGGCGUUUUCACCGCAGACUUCUUGGAUAAGGACAAAUAUGGCCUCGUCGGCAGGAUUACUCGUGUCGACAAGCGUCCUCUCGAAGCAUCCAUUAGAGCGGGCGCACUGCCCAUCCUCACCAGUCUUGCCGAGUCUGAAUCGGGACAAAUUCUCAACGUAAACGCCGAUAUUGCCGCGGGAGAGCUCGCCAAGGAGCUCGAGCCCCUCAAAAUUGUAUUUCUGAACGAGAAGGGUGGUCUGUUUCACGGAGUAACCGGGGAGAAGCUCGAUGUGAUCAACUUGGAUGAGGAAUAUGAGGACCUAAUGGGACAGUCUUGGGUCAAGUUCGGCACCAAACUCAAGCUACGGGAGUUCAAGGAACUGCUUGAUCAUCUUCCUCGCUCUUCAUCAGUUGCUGUGAUUCGUGCGGACAUGUUGCAGCGCGAGCUGUUCACGGAUAGUGGGGCGGGUACUCUCAUCCGUCGCGGCUACAAGCUGUUCCAUCAUGAUUCAGUUGAUUCUAUUGGAGCAGAUCGUCUUCGCCAGGUGAUCCAUGAUCGUGACCCUGAUGUGCUGGCUGGCGACGACAGCGUCGCAGGCGUGCUGCACCAGUUGAAGCAGGCUCCAUAUACCAUAUACGGCGACGAGCCCCUUGAUGUCGUAGCGAUUGUAUCUCGUCCGGACGGCGAAGUCCCAGUGAUGACGAAGUUGCUGGCCUCGCGCAGCGGUAUCAUGAAUGGCAUCGUCGACAACGUCUUCAAUGCAAUCAAGAAAGAUCAUCGGAAGCUAUUCUGGACUGCGCGUGCUGACGACGAGAAUCGGGCAUGGCACUUUGAGCGCGCUGAUGGAAGCUUCACGCGCGCGGGGAAGUCGCUGUUCUGGUACGGCGUUCAAGAUGUGCAGGAGGUGGAACGCAUCAUUCAAGGCUUCGAAGCCAAGGGUAGGAUUAGCCGUGCUUACCUUCCGGUGGGGCCCCCUGCACAUCCUCAUCGUGCCACAGCUCCAGGUACUCGGUCGUACUCAACCUCAGCCCGGACUCCUUUUCGUGGCACAUCGAGAGGCUACGCCACCUCCGCGUCCAGUUCAUCCACAGAAUCCAAGCGACUUGCUUUGAUUGGAGCUCGAGGCUUCACCGGUCAGGCGCUGACUUCCUUGCUAUCCGGACAUCCUUACCUCGACCUCACUCAUGUGUCGUCGCGACAGCUCGCCGGCUACUCUCUGGACAACUACACGAAGGCGUCCAUAAAGUACUCUGACUUAUCCGUGGAUGACGUGCGGAGAAUGGAGAAGGACGGGGAGGUGGACGCGUGGGUCAUGGCGCUACCCAACGGAACCUGCAAGCCGUUUGUGGACGCCGUUGAUCAAGGGGCGAAGGAGCGCGUGAGUGGCGAUACCAGCGUAGUCGUAGACUUGAGCGCCGAUUAUCGCUUCGAGGCUGGAUGGACAUAUGGGCUCCCUGAAUUGUACUCGCGACCCACUAUUCGAAACUCCAAGAGAAUCUCUAAUCCUGGUUGCUAUGCUACGUCGACACAGUUGCUCAUUGCGCCGUUGCUCCGGUUCCUCAAGCAAGGGGCCUGGCCGACGGUUUUUGGUGUCUCUGGUCUGAGUGGAGCUGGUACAGUGGCUGGCCCCCCUGCGGCAGAUGGGAGACCCACGACUGCUGCGAAGAUCAGCCCCGAAAGCCUCGCGGGCGGACUCAAACCGUACUCUCUCACCGACCACAUUCACGAACGUGAAGCCGGCCACCACCUGUCGCGCUUGAUAUCCGAUCCUUCAAAUCGGAUGAAGGUCGCGUUCGUGCCCACUGUUGCGCCAUGGUUCAGCGGCAUCCAUUCUGUUCUUUCGAUCCCGCUUAGUCAGAGUGUGAGUGCAAAGGCGAUAAAAGCUCUGUAUGAAGAAAAAUAUGGGCAUGAAAAACUGAUCCGCAUCCUUUCUGACGUCCCAAUGCUUCCGGAUUUUGAAAAUCAACAUGGAUGGGUGGUCGGCGGGUUCCAGGUUCAUAGCGAUGGCGAUAGAGCAGUGGUGGUGGGCGGCUUGGAUAACUUGCUUAAGGGGGCAGCCACACAAUGUCUUCAGAACCUGAAUCUCGCCCUAGGAUACGAUGAGUAUACAGGAAUUCCAGAGUAG